UGGACCCGAUUCAGUUUCAUUGUGGAUUUAACUACCAAGCACUCAACGACUGAAUCUAUUUGGGGAGUACUGGAUAACUUGCAAGUCAUGGCUCUAGAAAACCUCGAACCCACAGACGUUUUUUUCGAAAAAAUUUUGCACCGAGGAUUGCAAGACAAGACAAUUCAUAAUGUUGUACUGGUAAAGAAGGAGUUAGCUACACAGAAAGGCGAAAAUUUCCUGAGUUGUUUAACAAAAUUGACCCUGAAAUACGUCUGCAAUGUGUCAAAAGAAAAUAAUCAUGAAAAAAUAGAGAAGACGGCUCAUCUUAUCUUGAAAGAAGAGCCAAUUGUAAAUGAAAAAGCAUUGGAGAAUAUUCGCGAAAUGGAGGUCUUCAAUACCGAGCGACAGCUCCUUGAAGAGGUCAUUCCGAAGAUCGAGGAGCUUGUGGAUAGAAGACUGGCACCCAAAGUUUAUUACUCUUCGAUUGAGCCCCAGGUUAUUGUUAUGGAGGAUAUGACAGUUCAAGGUUUCAAAAACUCAAGUAGGAUAUUGGGACUGAAUCAAGAGCAAUGUUUGAUGGUUUUGGAAAGCUUGGCAGACUUUCAUGCGGGAUCUGUUUUGAUGAAUGAAAAGAAUCCUGGAUCCCUAAAACAAUAUACCCGGGGACUUGUGAAUCCAGACAUGCCACCUAUGUUUUUUAAAACAAUGCAGACGACAGUGGCUAAUGCUGCAAAGCAAAUUGGCAGCUGGCCUGAUAAAAAAUUCACCCAGAUAUCUAAAAAACUUGAGAAAAUUUCUCACCAUGUAAUCGAAAGGGUGAAGGAAGUCUGCAUGUAUGACAACGACGAAUUCUGUGUUCUGAAUCAUGGAGAUUUGUGGAUUAAUAAUAUUAUGUUCCAGAACGACGAAAAGGGCAAACUCAAGGAUGUUAGACUUCUUGACUACCAAUUUGUUGUCUGGUCAUCCCCAAUAAUUGACCUCUGCUACUUCCUCAACGCUGCCCCUGAACCCAGUCUGAAAGGAACGAAUGAUGAUCUAUUUUUGGAAACAUAUCUCACCCGCUUAUCAAACACAAUGAAAAAAAUCGGUUGCACUUCUAAACCUCCCACGAUGGACCACUUAAAAAAAUCUCUGCACAAACGUAGAAUUUUUCCACUUUUAUGCGGUGUCUGGUUCUUUCCGAAAAUGACAGCAGAAGGAGGUGAAAUGGAGACAAUAGAAGAUAUAUUCUAUACGGAAAAAGAUAAGAUUGAUAUUAUGCAGAACAGAAGGGUUAAAGCGGUAGUGGAGAAGAUGCUACCGAUAUGGGAUGAGAGAGGAUAUGGCACUACGGCUGUGGACAAUCUCGAGCACAAUGAUGUAUUCUUCAGAAAAGUUUUACAAGAGGGAUUGCGAGAUGAAACGAUUGAGGAUGUCGUGAGAUUAAACCAGGAGCCAGCAACCAAAAAGGGGGAAAAUUAUCUCAGUAUUUUAACUAGACUCAAUCUUAAAUACGUCUGCAGUGUAUCCAGAGGUAAUGACCAUGAGAAGGUAGAAAAAAUUGCCAAUCUUAUACUGAAAGAAGAGCCCGAUGUCGAUCAGGAAACUAUGGAGACCAUUCACAAAAUGGAUAUCUUCAAUGUCGAGCAACAAUUACUCGAGGAAGUUGUUCCGAAGGUCGAAACCCUCAUUGGCAGAAGACUAAGCGCUAGAGUUUAUCACUGUUCAAUGAAACCGCGGAUGAUAGCCAUGGAAGACCUGUCGGUUUUUGGUUUCAAAAAUAUAGAUCGUAAAGCAGGAUUGAACCGAGAUCAGACUUGUUUGAUUUUGGAAAAUAUCGCAGAGUUUCACGCAGGAUCGAUUCGACUGGAUGAACAGGAUCCUGGAUGCCUGACCCGUUUUUCUAUCGGUCUGCUGAAUAUGACGCCGUCGUUCUACAAAAGGAUAGAAAACACUAUAAAGAAUGUUGCACUGCAAAUUCGCACCUGGCCAGACCCGAAAUUCCUUCCUCUCUCGGAGAAGCUUGAGAAGAUCUCGAAGGAUGCAGUAAAAAGACUUAAGGAAAUAUAUAGAAGUAAUGAGGACGAAAUUUGCGUCCUGAAUCAUGGAGAUCUGUGGUCUAAUAAUAUCAUGUUCCAGUACGAUGACGGUGGAAAACUCCAAGAGCUUCGACUUGUUGACUUCCAAGUGCCCAACUGGACGAGCCCUGCAAUUGAUCUCCUCUAUUUCCUCAGCAUUUCCCCUCGGCCAAAUCUCAAAGUUACUUAUGAUGAUAUAUUUUUACAAAAAUAUUUGACGCGAUUAUCAAGCACGAUGAAAAAAUUGAAUUGUUCCGCAAGUCCUCCCACCCUGCAACAACUGAAAGUGUCGAUGUACAAACGUCGAGCCUUCGCGGUUAUGGGGGGCCUCGGUUUUUGGCCGAAAACAUUAGUAGAGGAAGAAGAUUUUGAGGCGAUGGAUACUAUCUUGGAGAAAGGUUUUUUCAUGCGUUAUGGAAAGGAGUUUCAAAUUUCGAAAAUGGUAAUUGUUCACUUCCGCUUCCCACUCUCGCUCAAUAAGUCUUGUGGGAACAGCAUUGAUCAAGCUACGAUGAACGCAAGGGUGAAGGUCAUAGUUGGAGUACUAGCCAGUCUUAAAGUUCAAAGUACAAGGCCUACACGUGUACCUAAGACUGAGACCCAACUAGAGAAUAUUAAACUCCUACUUCACAAAAAAAGAAAUCAACAAAAAACGUUAGACCUUAAUGCCAUGUAUUUUAUUCAACCAUCAUCAUCCCAGCUCAUCAGUACUACUCCAUUUGGAUAG